AUGCCGAUCCGAAUACGGAGCAAUAUCUACAAUCAAGACCUCAACACCAGCCCGAGUGAUAGUGAACUUUCCAUCCUCGAACAGACAAAAUUUGAACACAUCCCGAAUAUGAAGGUCAUCCUGCAGCGUGUCCUGUCGGCGUCCGUGACAGUCGACAAGGAAAUGAUCUCGUCCAUCGGAAAGGGCGUCUUGGCCUUUGCCGCAGUGGCCCCUGGAGAUACGGAGAAGGAGGCGGAUCUGAUGGCUGCAAAGGUUCUCAGAAUGAAGCUGUGGGAUGACGAAGAGGGCGGAAAGUGGAAGAAAAGCGUGAGCGACAUUGGCGGCGAGGUCCUCUGCGUGUCGCAGUUCACUCUGCUGGCCAGCACCAAAAAGGGUGCCAAGCCUGACUUCCACGGUGCGGCCAACCCCGAGGAGGCGCGCCGGCUAUACCACUACUUUGUGCAAAAGGUCAAGACGGGAUACCUCGAGGAGAGAGUCAAGGAUGGGCAGUUCCAGGCCAUGAUGGAGGUUGCUCUCGUCAACGACGGGCCGGUCACCCUCGAGCUCAAGAAUGGUGCCAAGACGGAAUAG